CGUGACGCCCGGGCGCAGUGAUGAGCAUAUUUUGUUGCGGCUCGGGAAAAUGAUGAUAGCCGUGCUUUUCUCCGUGGGCGCCCUCGUCAGUAAACGACCGACAAUCUGACCAGAGAUGGGGCAGCAGUUUGCCAGUUUGCACCAUGGACCAUGACGACAGCGACAUUAAUUAUUACCUAGUGCCAGGCUGCAUGUGCGUAUGCGUAUGCGUUGUUAUCGCUCAUCGAGUUGCAGUGGGAUGGUCUUCGGGAAGAAACAUUGCCUCGCAUGUAUGCUCGAUCGGCAGCGCGGCUCGACAAAAAGCCGCGCGUGUUAUCGUGCUGCGUGAGAUGGAAAAGUCGAGGCGCCAGGACCGGAGAACUGGCAGACAUGCACAUGCAGAAUGGGUCUUUUUGUUGGACCUUGGCGGAAUGGGCAGACGGAUGUACGUUGGCUGCUGGUGCUUCAAAAUGGGGACGAGAAUGGGGAAAGCCUUCGGGGAAGCUGGCUUCGGAGAGGCGGGCCGACGUCUCGAUUCGGUCGACGGAGCUAGCAGGGAUCUGGCGAGAGCUCGCGCGAAUGACAGCCUCGCAGUUUUGUCAAGAGAUGGGCGCGCCCCCGCCGUGGAGUCGACGAUUUGUUGCUGUUCUGGAAAUAAACAGCUUAAGGAUAUACAGGCAGCAGAGUUGUUGGCGUGAUUUUGCUGCUGCUGCUGGCGGGAGGUUGACGUCGAGAGUACUGGUUUCUCUCAGGGACUCACGUGAUCUAGCUACUAGUACGGAUACUGGACGGUGAAGACUGAGGACGUCCUCACUGCUGAC